GUCGUUUCUCCGACCUCGGAGUUUGGCAGCGAUCAUGUGACUCAUAUUUUUCAACCUCCAAAAGAAAUGGAAGAAGAAACAGAACUGUUUAAGCCUUGGAAUAUCCGCUUAAGGUGAGAUUGUGAUGAGCAUCAUUCCUUUCCCAUUUCUCCAAUUGUAGAGUCAUAGAGGUGGUAUACUCUGUUCCUUUUGGUGGAUAGCUUUCUUAGCUUCCAAAACGAAUUUAGAGCUAACACAAGAGGAGUCACCAGUAGCUCCUUGCGACUAGACGGAUAGAGAGCAAUUUGCUCUCGCCGUCGUGCGUGGUAGAAAAUGGCUUCUCGACGAGUUUUCUCCCUAUCUUCAACGCGCGCUCUAUUGUCGUCGCCCUCUACAUGUGGCUCUGGAAGCAAGCUCGCCACUUCCCGCAAACCAUGCAAUGCCCGUUCCUCAUCGAGCUCGACAUCCGCUCUCGCGUACAAAGCUCUGCACCGUCGUUCCCCGCUUCCUCUCCCAGUAGCUGAUAGCCCGACCUGGUCCGCCCCUGCUGCAGUCUCCUCGAUUCUAUACGAGACCCCAGUACCGUCGACCAAGCCUCCAAAGCGCCAUGUGCUGAAUUGCUUGGUACAAAAUGAACCUGGCGUUCUCUCCCGCAUCUCCGGAAUUCUUGCAGCUCGGGGUUUCAACAUUGACAGCCUCGUUGUCUGCAAUACGGAAGUAGAAGAUUUGUCGCGGAUGACAAUUGUCCUUCGUGGACUAGAUGGUGUGGUUGAGCAGGCCCGUCGCCAACUGGAUGACCUCGUUCCCGUAUGGGCUGUGCUUGAUUACACUGACUCUGCCCUGGUACAACGUGAGCUUCUUCUUGCGAAAGUUAGCAUUUUGGGCCCAGAGGUGUUCGAAGAACUCCUCCAGCACCACCGUGAAAUGACCACACCAGAAAAUGAGGAAGUAUCUGGCUCUGCUGAGAAACCGGCGAAGUCAGCCGAAAUUGAAGUACAGAGGUUCAAAGGAAGCCAACACGCCAGUGAUUACCACCCCAGCGGACUAGCUCACAGCCAGGCACUUCGACACAAGCACGAGCAUUUGAAGGCCAUUACCCACCUGACCCAUCAAUUCGGUGGCAAGGUUUUGGAUAUCAGCACCAACAACUGCAUCGUUGAAGUAUCCGCAAAACCAAGUCGUAUCGAUUCCUUCCUUAAACUAAUUUCUCCCUUUGGUAUCCUUGAAUCUACCCGAACAGGUCUGAUGGCCCUGCCACGCUCUCCGCUCUCCGGACCAGAAGAAGAGUUCGAAAAGGAUACAAGCGAGGCUGUCGACGCUAGUGCUCUUCCACCUGGUUAAAUUUCACAAUAUGCCGGCCUCUGAGGCCUCUGAUUUAGUGCUAGAUUCAGUUGCUGCUUUAUAUUUGGAUACGUGUUAUUUGUUAUCUGCAAUAGUUUUGUGUAGCAUUCCUGAAGGGAAGCAAUCAUACUUUAGGGAAUGAAUGGAAAGAGAAAAUGGAAGGACAGUGACAGGCAAUCAAGUUAUUUCUUUUUAUUUUCUCAUUUCUCUGGUUCUGUAUAACUCUAUGCUAUCGUCUAGUUUCCUUCAUCUCUUGUAUAUUUUACGUAUUGGGAAGGAACGGACCGAAUAACUGCCCAUUUUAAUUCUACUUUUUUUUCUUUUUUUCUUUUUUUUUUUGUGGCUGUUUAUGUCUUGUCGUCAUCAUUGGCGUAGUGAAUUUAUUUCAGUGCCCCUCACCGCAAAGCUCUCCGGCCUCUCGCACCGUAUAUUGGUCUAGGGGCAAGGUACUAACUCUUCUUCGGGCAUUGGAAUUGCCAUUGAUACUAUGUGAAAAUUGGAUAAACAUAGAAGCGGUGUGAAGGGAACCAACCACCUAGCUAUUUUCAUUUGGUCUUUCAGGAAUAGAGCAACGAACGAGCUUACAUCCAAAAAAUAGCUUGAAGAAAAUAUGAAAUCGUAACUGGAUUGGAAGACCACAUACGCAUAGAACGAAAGUCAUAGUAGUUGGAAUCUCAAAGAUAAAUGCUUAUCACUAGCAUCCAUAGGGCCACAGAGCCCUGCUGUUCAUAUGGUUGAGCAGCUCCUAUUGAAGAACAGUUGAGAGGGGAGAAGAAAACGAGAACAAAAUAAAUAAAACGUGCUUCUCACAGUCAUAACGUCGUAAUAUCGUUGGGGUAUCAACUGGGCCGUGAAAGGUCAUAGAAAUGAAGACAAGGGGAGAAGAAAG